UAACCUCAAAGUUCGUGUUUCAAAAACUGAUCGGCUUUAAGUAACUCGAAACGUAGGCAAGCGUGAGUAAGUUUAACCCACUGAAACUAAACUACAAUCGAUAACCAAGUGCAAAUCUCGUUCGUGGUUUUUUCUUUUGAAAGUGAGGUUAUGUAAUUGUUGACAGUUCAAACACAAAACAGCUUCUUUUGGCCAUAUCCCCCCAUCACUAUAAAUCUACUAACCUACCCCGAAAUGAUCAGUUAACCCGUCUGUUUUACCAUGGACCCUGAGGAUGAAUCAACCGCAUAUUUGAAACUUUUCAGCGAGGGUCCCCACAAUUACUUGUUACACAGCAGCGAAGACGGACUUAACGAUGCCUUUCCAGUGGAACCCAUUUUCACCGAAAUUACGUCAGACUGGCCGCCGGAAGGCCUCCCCAUACUUUUAAGCGGUUCCUUGAUAACAGAUGAAAAUAACGACGCAGGCACGAACACCAACAUUCAGCUACUGGCUGAGGAAAGCGAAAAUAGUACUAAUAUUGGGACAAAUGAAGGCAACAAAGUCACGUUUCUUUCGAACGUGGAUAAAAACGGGCUCCUUGUUUCGAACGACGUUUUGUUGAAGGUGGCCACAGCUGAGGACAAAAAUGAAGAAAAUGUGGUCACUCAUGUGAUUAAUGAUGAUGGAUAUUCGAUCACGUAUGAGCACGAGGGGCGGGGUGAAUUCAGCGAAGCCGACGACAACGUCGAGUUUAUCCAAUUACUAAACAUAGAUGGCACAAUUAUGACUAUUAAAAAAGACUCACUUAAAGACAAGACAAAUAAUAUAGAAAAUUUUUAUACACAAACUCAAGCUAAUAAGUGUAAAUUGUGUUCAUUUUUGUGUGAAAGUGUGGAUGAUAUUGUUACUCAUAUUAGAGUAAAACACCACAAAGAGGUCCAUCAAAAUAACGGGAACAUUAUCAACGGACAAGUGAAUAACGUAGACCUAGUUGGUACCAAAAUGACCUCUAUUUUAAAUGUAAAUAAGGAUAAAAAGUAUACUUUGUACUUAUGUAGCGACUGCGGCAAUGGCUAUUCAAACAAGGAGGAUUUGCGCCAGCACAUGAUUUCACAGCACAAGUUGGUCCACGUGCCCCUUUCGACCCCCGACAAGCCCCCCGUAGACGAACCCCCGCAAAAAUCCUUGACCAAAACCGUCUCUGCCAACCUCGUCAAACAGCAAAAAGCCAUGCGCAAAGUGAAGUGUUCGAUCAAAGGGUGCCCCCUUCGCUUCGACAAGGAAGAGUCGCGCAAGCGCCAUGAAGACUGCCACGUCGACCAAAACAAAAAGCAGUUCAUGUGUCCCGUGUGUAAACUAAAAUUUUCGAUUUGGCGCAUUUGUAGCAUGCACAUGUGGAAGUGCCACGCUAUCGACCUGGGGCUGCUCACGUGCCCCAUGUGCAACGAGUUCAAGUCGUACAGCGCAGUGCGCGUGAUCAACCACAUGGCCAUCCAUAGCGAGGAGAAGCCGUUCGUGUGCGCCGCCUGCGGGAAGACUUUCAAGCAGAUGAAUCAGCUGAGGACGCACGAGGUCACGCAUAUGGCGCCCGACGAGGCCCCCACGUCGGCGACGCAGAAGCAGUGCGAGUUCUGCGACCGGUUUUUCGCCAAUUCGAAGUGCUUGAAGAAGCACAUCAAGUUCGUUCAUGAUAAGUUCAAGCCGUUUAUUUGUAAUAUUUGCGGGCACCAGACGGCGCGGAAGGAGAUGCUGCAGCUGCACCAUAGGCAGCACACGGGGGACAAGCCGUUUCAGUGCUCGUACUGCGACUACAAGACUGCCGACCGGAAUUGUCUGCGGAAGCACACGAUGAGGCACUUCGGGGCCGCCAAAUACUCGUGUCCUUAUUGCAACUACCAGUCGAUCCAAACCACCGCCUACAAGUCCCAUCUGGUCAACAAACACCCAGGGAAAGAGGGCACCUAUUCUUGUACCCUGUGUCGGUACACCACCAUCAACUGCCGCUCGUACUUGUCGCACAUGAAGUGCCAUGAGCUCGAGAACGCGGACAAACCCAACGGGAAGGUGGAGAAGCACGUCGAAGACAGCGAAUCCAAGUCGAGCGACGAAACGCAGACUUUUCUCAAUAACGAGCACUCGGAGGAGGCGGUGGACACCGGGGGGAUCACCAUUCCGGCGGAGUUUGACCUACAACUGCCGAACGACCAAACGAGUCUGAUCUAACUUUGUGAUCGUUCCUAGGCUAGGGAUCGUUUUGAUAAAAGGGUUCUUAUAGAACUUAUUUUUAUUUAUAUACGGAAAUAAAUUAGUUAAUUACUGA